CUGCAGCGGAUUUGGGGCACAGGAGAUCCACUCCUUAAAUCGCGAAGGGAGUGGACGGGCUUUUCUUUCACAGCAACUUUCAUUGUUAACCGUCUUUAUCACCGGGCCGUUAAGCUAGGCUGCAGGACACGAUGUUCUUAUGUAAAGGGAUUUUUGCUUUGGCUUUCUUUAACUUUCUCAACGACAUCCAUGUGUCCGGCUGUGAUACAAACUGUAGUGAUAAACCAAAGUUUACUCCAUCCACCCUGGUGGUAAAGUAUGGUGAUCCAGCAUCUGCCAUCUGCACCGUAUGUGAGCGUGACUGUCUCAACCAGGUAUUUGAUUUAGAGCGUUCUGUGGGAUCCAGAACUAAAAACGGAACCACUAUUACAUGGACAAUUGACAGCCUGACCGAAUGGGAUCUAUCUCUCCAAUGCUAUUAUAAUACUGAAUCUAAUGACCAGUGUUGUAGCAUCCUGCCUUUCACUCUCUACAAGCCUCCGGAUACGGUGUCCUUUAGUUUUAGUGACCACACUGGGCCGCUGUUAGAGUAUAAACUCUACACUAUGGAGUGUAAUGUAAAGAAUGUUGCUCCUAUUGAAAACGUCACUGCAGUCUUCUACAGAGAUGAUAACCCAUUUGUCUGGGUUAAGGUCAGAGAUUUAAAUGAUAUUAAACCAGUGGAUCACAUCUUUACACAUGAAAUUUUCCCCAUGAGAUAUCAAGAAGGAGCUGUUUACUGGUGUGCUGCAGAGCUUAAUCUGGGAAGUGAAGGACCACAGCCCCCUCCAGAGGUCAUGUCACAGAAGAUGCCUACCACUAUUUACUAUAAGCCUGAGCUGGGCACACGAGGAUUUCCAGAGAUGAAAGACGCUGUUGAAGGAGACAAGCUGGAACUGAACUGCACGUGUAUCGGUAACCCCACCCCCUCUUACAACUGGACCCAUCCAUCAGGGAGACCCUUCCCCUUCACAGGCAGUAUCCUCAUUAUUGACUCUGUAACUACUGAAGAUAGUGGCAGGUUCACCUGCAGGGCCAUCAACAGCGUUGGGAGUUUCAAAGUGGAGUUUGAUGUCAAUGUCCGAGUCAACUACAUCAAAUACAUCAUAGUGGGGCUUCUCAUCGGGCUUGUUCUGCUUGUUGUGAUUGCGAUUAUCAUCUACAUCUGCUACAAAAACAAGCGAAUGGGACGGAACAACCUGAGAGAAGUUUUCGGCUUACGCCCUCAACAUGCCCCCGUACCGAAUGUAGAGUAAGUGGAUGGGAAAGCUUUUGAUAUGCUUGGACAACCAUGGACCAGUUGUUUUGUUGAAGCAACAGUGUAAGUGAAGAGGCUCAUCCGUGGCCUAAAGCAACCAUGAACCUCUACUUACACCUCAUUAGAGUGAGAUGAGGACCUUUGCUGUACCCAUUUGGUCAUUUCAAGUCGUCUCUCUACUGGUGCUGUCAUUAAAAUGCCGAAACAAGUUUUGAGUCAGCCUGUGUGGCAAUACUGAAAGGAAGAAGUCAAUUUCUUUCUUUUAUUCUUACAUAUAAACUUCAUUUUCUGUGGAAUCCCUAUUUAAAAAGGGAUGUAUACUGCUUAGAUUGUUUUAUAAAAUUGUGCCUGGUGUUAUAUUCUCUAGCUUUAUGGCUCAUAUUUUCUUGCCAUAUUUUCUGGACGGUUACGCUUUAUUUUUAUGUGCCAGUCUUUUGUCCUGUUUGAAGUUCUCGGUUAUUUUUGAAUGAAGAAACCAGAAGCUUACAUGAUUUCAUCUUUCUAAAAUACUCGGUAUCCAUUUAUCUGGGUUUGGCUGGAAACUACAUUCAUUAUGUAGAAAAUAAUUAUUUUUUCAAUCAAAUAAACAUGGUGACAUUAUGAGCAGGGGUGUCCAGACAGCAGCACUGGGGCCAACUGUGUCACGUGGUCCAUUUUUAAUUUGCCCCAAGCAAAUUUAGAAAAUAAAAAUAAAAUACAGCUCAUUCAACAGACACGCCCACACCAUCCUGGAGCAGAUUUUACCGCCUCAUUUUUCAUGAGUUUGAAGCUUGAUUUUAUAAAUUAAGAGAUGUUUUAUUUGACUAAAAUUUAAACUAGAGGUUUCUGACACAGAGACCUGUCAUACAACAAAACCUAAUUACAGAUUUAUUUUCACUUUACGGGGUCUUUAAUUAACACCAUACUGGUGAGUGAUGUAGCAGAUUUAGCGUGCUAGCUUGCAUUGGCAUCCACUGGCUAGCUAGUGUGCUCCUACCAAUGGUGGCAUAAUUUAAAUAAGCAGAAGGCAUUUAAGGCAAAAUAAGUUAACUCUCUUUGAGGGAAUUAUGAUAAAUAAAAUACAAGUUAAAUCAAUUUAAUAGUGGGUGAAAAUCGGUGUCACAUGUUUGUCAGCUAACAUGUUUGCAAUGCGCUGUUAAAAAAGGAGUAGAAGAAGAAAAAAGUGGUGGUUAAACCAUCAUCAGUGCAGAAUAGCAGUGCACAUUUUGGUAUGAUACUACUCUGUUGAGAUUAGUGCUGUAUACUGCAUUAAAGUAUACUUCAAUAACCAAGACCGACAGAAGUAUUUUAACUCUUUGUGAUUGAAUAUGUUUUGUUUUGUUUUUUAAGAUUAACUGAUACAGAAUAAGCCUCAGGAGUUAAAACAGCCUACAAAAUACAGCUAUCAAAAUCACUUUUACUAACUUUCUAUCACAGGAAAAAUUAGAUUUGACUUCAUAUGUUGUCAUUGACCAAAGAAAACUUGGAGUGUAAUUUGUUUAAAGCAGUCGUUCUCAACUGGUCAGGCAUCAGGACCCACCAACUCCACCUCCUUAAGAGAAAUUGCAAUCCAAAUUAAAAAAUAAAUAAAUAAAAAAAUCUUCAUUCAUUUCAUGAAUGUUAGUUGAUCAGUAGUCAAUGGUUAAUCAGUAUUCUUCGCUACCAUUACACCAUGAAGACAUAAGAACAUGCCAAAUGUUGAAGUUUGGGCUUUAAAUAGAAAAACUUAUUGAACAAAGGAAUGGGACAAAACAGAAACAUUAUAAAAGCACGGAAUUACGGGAUGAUUUGCAUGCAUACAUUUUAUUUUAUUCCAUUUUUCUGAGAUAACAUGGAAGUUUGGUAAUUACUCAAAGGGUUUCCUUGUUAUCUUGGGUAAAGCAGCUUUAUUUCCCAACAAAAUGGAGAUAAAUAGGUAAAAAAUCUUGAGAAAAAAAUGAAUUUUACUCAUUGUCAUUGGAAAACCUAAAAAAAAAUACAUGUAUGAAAUUACUGUAUGUUCACUUAGGGCUUACGUAGAUUGGGGUCUGUCACAUUUUUCUUCCCUGGCAUAUAUUCGCAGCCCACUAGAAAGAGCUUCGCGACCCACUUUUGGGUCCCAGACCCACCAGUUGAGAAGCACUGGUUUAAAGAGUCAGUGUUGUGUUUUGCAUAUUUGGCCAUAUUGGCUUCAACAUAAAGUGUCACUGUUGGAUUCGUCCUUUUUUUUCGCUGUAUUGCUGAGAAGGACCUGACUCGGAAAGAUCCUUUAAUUUGAGUUUGUAAUUAUGUGGAAUUGUAUACUAUAGGCUUGUUCUAACCCACAGCUACCUAUUGAGCAUGCAUGCCUUGUAUUUAUCUGUGUACGUGUGUGUUUAUUUUGUGUUGAACUGUUACUGUGUUGAUGAUGUGC